UCGUGUCUACUCGAGUGUUUACGGCAGUGAACUGUGUGUGUUUUCAUCAUUCGCUGUCAUGCAGGUGGUAUUCAGUUUAGCAGCAGCAGCAGUAUGAAUAAACCACAUCAGGACAGAGGCGUCAGUUUGAGCUGAGCUCAAGAUCUGAAUUCAUCUCCAGCGUCACAUCUGUUAUUCGCGUGAAUGCAGUCAUGGCAUCAGUAGCGCAGCUGUGGAGUUUAAACUGCGUGUAGAUUCAAUUAUAAACGACACAUCAUGCUCAGGUGGUCUGUUUUUCACACUAAAGGAGAUAACACAGCCUGCUCUUCGGAAAGAAAACAUUCGCAUGAUUAACCAGGACAUUCUAGUUGUAGUUAUGGAGGAAAGCAAUAUCUGUGAAUCAGUCCCAGAUUUGAAGGAUCUGGAGGUAAAAGUUGGGAGAAAGACACCAGAGGGACUCUUGAAGUGGAUGAGAGAGGACCACAAAAUCAUCUGUCAUCAUCAGACCGAGAAUAAUAAAACGGAGAAGAAGGGCCUGGAUGAGAAGAUCAGACAACUGAAAUUGGAGAUGGCUUGUCUACGCGCAGCAGACGUCAAGAUCUUGAACCAGUUAAUAGCAUUACACGAGGGCAUUGAGGCGGUCAAAUGGCUUCUGGAGGAGCGUGGUGCCCUCACCAGCCGCUGCAGUAGCCUGACCAGCAGCCAGUACAGUUUGGGGGAAGGUCCUGAUACAUCUUGGAGGGGAAGCUUGAGCAGCCUGCAAGACCCCCAUGACAAGUUAGACAACAUUUCCAUCGGCAGCUAUCUGGACACAUUAGCAGACGAUCUAGAUGAGUACUGCCCCUCCAGCGGGACUGAUUCAAUACUCUGUGCUGCCCCUAUUGGGACGGAGGUCCCCAGAGUUAGCGGAGUUGGAAUGAACGGCACCACUGGAUCCGGAACCAGAUCUCCACAAGUCAGUUCCAAUGCUCCCAAAGAAGAAGCUCAGGUUUGGAAGGCGGUGUCUGAGACUGGGCGACCACACCCUUCUGUCAAUCAUGAUUCUAAUAAUGCACAGUCUAAGAAAGCGGUGAAGCAAAUGGUUGGCUCAGACUCACCCAGGGCCUGUCUGGCUGAAAAACUAGAAAAGAAUCUAAGCCCUAAAGUGAAACCUUACAAGAAUGGCAAAGUUGAGCUGGAGACCUGCAAAAUGAACGGCAAAGUUCAACUGGAAUAUGACGCACACUGGCGUUGGGUGCACUCCCAGGAUGAUGUGACAUUUUUGUGAUAUUGUACAUUAUUAUCAAGCCAAAGGUAUUGGCUUGACCUGAUGUGGUUCUCUGUUCAACACUGAGCUUUUGUUUCGUAGACUUUCAUUUUGGUUCCUGUAAAUCACAGAGGUGGAGAGGUCAGUAAGAGUAAUAGAAAGACGCCUAAACUCAUCACAUUAUAGGAAUGUGUGGUCAAGGUUGAAGAAUCCAGAUUUAAUUAGAUCGUCAGUUAAGGUUAUGUAGAUAUUUUUGCGCGCAUGUUUCAAGUGUUCAUUUCUUUUUGGAAGUCAUAAUCUUUUCUGAAAUCUGUCAGCAAAAAUUUAGCACAAAAGUAUUUGAUAAUGAGUCACAACAGAGUCCUUAGGUUGCACAAAAGAUCCUUUGUACACUGUUAGAAAAAUAGUCAAAAUAUGUGUCACCGGGGCAGUACCCUUUAAAGGUCAUAUGAACCAAAAAGUACAGAUGUCAACAUUUGGUACCAAUAUGUACCUUUAAGAUACUUAUAUGUAUCUUUAAAGCGGAAGUCCACCCUAAAACAACAUUAUGCUUCAACACUAUAUUUCAUCACAUAUAUGUAGUUCAUUGUGCUGCCAUCAAAUGUACUAACUCCAUAUAAAAUUAAAGCUUUUAACUACUACAGUAACAGUGAUUUGACAAGUCGUCAAAUCACCAGAAGAAAAAUGCACGACUACAUAAUUCUGAACGUUCUAAAUGGGGGCGGGUCUUGUGGCGAGCUGAUUGACAGUAGAUGUUAACGUUCUUUGAUUGACAGCUACACAGGAUGAGCUAACGUUAGCUUGCUUUCCUCGUGUUCAUAAUAACAACAACAUGAUAAUAACUUUCUACGUAGUAUGUUUACCGUAGUUACACAAAACAAGCAACAACUAAGCUAAGUUAUGUUUUAGAUAUUUUAACAGUUUUACAUUACCUGAGUCCGCGGAAAAACUGGGCUGGAAACAGUACUCGAAAUCUUCCUGACGAAAGUGCUGGCUGCGUAUUCAAAUUUUCGAGUAAUUUGUUAGUGGUGUGUCAGCUAAGGGUCGCGUUGAUGUAAACAAUAAAAACUCCCAGUGUUUUUAACAUAUUAACAUAGAAUUAUGCACUCUGUGCACCUGAGCGGGAACAGUUUGAGUCAAAAACUGAGUUGGCAGGCCAGAGCUUAAAAUAUUUGCGAUCAUUAAAAACACCUGCAAGGCCUGAAAGAGAUCAAGCCUCAGCCAAGUAAGAAAAAGUAACGUAAGCAUUAAUUUCCAUGAAAAGUAACUAAGUAACGCAAUUAGUUACUUUUUUUUGGGGAGUAACUUAAUAUUGUAAUGCAUUACUUUUAAAAGUAACUUUCCCCAACACUGGUGAUUUCCCCUUCAGAGAUGGAAAAAUGAGUUACUCUUUGGUUGGGUUAGUCUGCCGGCUAACUUCAAGUUGAUUUGAGAGCAGGUUGAGCGGUAAAAGAAGUUAUUAGGCUUGUUCGACAGCCGGAUGUCGUCAAAGUACCGCGAGAGCGAUUCGCAAAAUUCUACGGAGGAGUUUGCGUUUAAAUCACUCUCGCGGAACCUUGACGUCAUCCGGCUGUCUGUUCUUGCAGCGCCCCAUGAAGCUAAACAAACCUGAAGGCUGCAUCGGUCAGUGGUUAGUGGGUGGAGCUAAUGACUCAAUUUCGCGCAGUUCAUUCUGCAUAAUUGAGUCCAUCAAAGAAUUCGGCUUCAACACACUAUCAAUCCAAAUAAUCGAAAUCGUGCAAAUUUCUUUUUUCCUCAUGUAAAUUGCAAAAUGGACAUAAAUUACCCGUGAUAACAGGCUAAAAUGUCUAGGGUUCAAUUCCGCUUUAAUAUGAACUCUUUUGGUGCAAAGUUUUACUUUUUUUCUGACAGUGUUGUGGAGAGAGCUUAUACAGAAUAGUAAAUGUUAAGAAAAAAAUGUCAAAAAUGUUAAUGGCUUAGAAAUUGUCUAAAAGGUUCAGUUGGCGAACUAAAAAUGGUUCUUCUAAGGCAAAUCUUUAUUUUUAAGAGUUUUUGUAACUUUUGUGAGUAUUUCUUUUUAUUGUAGGCAUUUUAGAUAUUUAUUUCUUCAAGCCUGAUUUAAAAUCAUAAAACUGUCGUCGAUAGUAAUCAGUCCUCAAAAACCUUCAAGUUAACAUAAAUCUAGAGAUUCAUUGCAACAUUAAAUCUCUUUAUUUGUCUACAGAUUGCACAAAUGCUCACAUUUGACAAGAACAUUCAUCCUUCCCUCAAUAUAUUACUUAGAAUGGACCAAAGUACAAAACAAUUCAAGAGGUUGAAACCACAGCAAUUUAUUUUGUUACUUUAUAGAGUGAAUCAGUUUUUUAUGCUGCGGCUGACAAUUUUGCCUGUAACGCAAAAAUGAAUCGUAGUAUUUUCCUUCGGCUUAAACUCUGACAGGAGGGAAUGUUUAAAUCAUACCGUUUUACUACCAAAGUUUUAAAUACGGCAUCUCAGAAUGGUUUGAGUUAACAUCUUAAGGUCAAAGAACAAAUCCAUUCUGAAUGCCAAGUAUGCUCCCAUCUGUUACAUUGUCACCCUGUUAAAGGCAGAGUCAAAAUCAACAACUCAGUAAGUUGCCUUAGACAUAAAGAGGCAGUUUCCCGGACAGGGAUUAGACUAGUCCUAUGCUAAAAUAAAUGUAAGAGGUGUCCAAACUGAAAACAACUUGCACUGAAAUAUUUUAAAAUACAUCAGUGACCUUUGUUUUGCCUCAAAAUGCACACAAGUAAUGUUUUUAGUAAGGCAUGUUUGUUAAAACUAGUUAUAUUUUAUAAUUAAACUAAGCCCUAGUCCUUGUUUAAGAUAAUCCCUGUCCAGGCUCUGAUGAUCACAGACCACUGGAGCUUUGUGAAAGAUGUCAAAUACUCUGCACAGUUUCUUUGAAGUCCUAAUGUUCACACUAUACAAAUGCAUGAAGGUCAGUGGUUGUGCUGUUAUCUUUGCUUUUGUGACAUUAUUUUCUUGCUACCGUAUGUAGAGAUGUGUGACAUUUAGGACCUAAAGUGCACUUUAAUAUAAAGUUGCUCAGAGAUGCUAAAUUUCUCUCUCUCUCUCUCUCUCUCUCUCUCUCUCUCUCUCUCUCUAUCUCUCUCUCUCUCUCUCUCUCUCUCAUAUAUAUACAUAUAUACAUAAUAUUUGAAUUUUCACAGUGUUAGUACUAAAUAUGGUCCUAUGUUUGUAUGCCAAGAGAACUGCAUUGAUUGUUGUAAUAUAUUUUUGUCUAAUUACCAGAACUACAGCACUAUCAGUAUUCAGUCAAAUAACAUAGGGCGUUGUGUAAUAAAAAUGUGGUACCUGACAAUUUUGAAUUCUAAACACUUGAAACCUGUGUAUUCAGUUUGUAGUAAUGUGUGCAGUGUAUAUGCAUUUAUUGUUUUGUAAAGAAUAACAGCAUUAUAACAAAA